AUGAAAACUGAUCCGUCGGGCGAUGAACUAACUCACCAAGUAGCGCUUGACGAACCUUGCCAAACUCUAACACAGGAAACCGUCGGGGAUGUGGACUUCUCGGGAACGAUCAGUGGAGUGUCGGAACAGCAUGUGCAGAUCCGUAACAAAAUCAGCAAUAUCUUACAGCAAAUCGAGCUGCACAUCAAUCAAGGAACUCCGCUGGUGACGAGACGAAGGUUAAGUUGGCAAAACUGCUCCAUGGAGUCGGGAAUGUUACAAUGCACCAGUUUGUCACAAGAGCUGCAGAAAGGCAAGAGAGUUGCCAAACAUCGGCUGCUGCUGAUCGUGAGGAUGCUUGCAACCAUCUAUCAGUUGCUCACCACCGGUACCAGCUGUACAAAGCGCGAGUUUUACUAUCUUCAUCUGGACCUGGCACAGACUUCGGCCUGUUGUUACGCGGCUCUUGCCGACGCCUGUGCGCUUCUGGAAGUUGAUGCGUGGGAAGUGAAUGUGUUCAACACGGCCAAAGGACUAGUGGCUGGUCCUCUGCUGCUAACACUCGACUCUGGCCAAACGAUCGACUGUUGCAGUGCGCGCUGGGGUACCUCGGUGCCACUGAACGUGGCAAGCAUUACUAAACUGCAGUGCACGGCCAAGGUAGUGCUGGUGGUGGAGAAAGAUACCGUCUUUAAGCGAUUGCUAGAGGAUGGAAUCGUAGAAACAUUUGCCAACACAGUCCUGUUGGUCACGGCCAAAGGAUACCCGGACGUGUCGACACGAUUACUGCUUCGAAAGAUUGUCGAAUCUGCCGACAUUCCGGUAUGCGGGCUCAUGGACGCAGACCCGCACGGUAUGGAAAUAUUUUGCGUGUACAAAUUUGGCUCAUUGGCGAUGGCCCAUCGUCAACAACCUUUGGCCAUACCGACAAUGCGAUGGAUUGGACUGUUUGCUUCGGAUAUCGAGGUGCUCGGGCUGCAGAGCGUUCCUUUGCGUGACUUGGAGCUAAAGAAAAUUGAUCACAUGAUCAAGCGACCAUACGCAGCAGGUAUGCUGAAACAUGAGCUGCUGCUGCUCCGACAGCUUGCGGUUAAGGCAGAGAUUGAAAGUUUGCUGCACAUCACAUCGGAUUUUAUCACUAGGGUUUAUAUAAAGAAAAAGCUCGAAGAGUGUCUAGUCGAGAGUUAG